GGAGGGAGGGAGGAAAAAGAGGAGGAGGCGGAGGAGAACUGAGCUGAGCAGAGCAUCGAGCCAAAGGGGAGAUGAGUUUGUCUGUCCUCGGCUGAGGCUCCGGCCGGGCCUAGGGAAGUGGGAGCACGGGUUGGAGCGACACCCGUGGAAGUGGGAGGAGGUGGCUCUGGGACUUUAACCCCUUGUGGGCUCUGCGGCAGGGGAUUUAACCCUUUGUGGAUCCGGCCCCUCGGAGUCAGCGUCAUCGGGUAGUUUUAACCCCUUCGGGGCUGGGUUUAACCCGUUGGAUUUAACCUAAUCUCCUUGCCCACCAACUCCUUGAUCGCGGGGGCGCUCUGAGGGGAGGCUUGAGGCCCACCCCUCUGCACAAUACCUACUGUUCCUGCUGCUGCACCCUCCUUGGACCCGCUAGCCGGCCGCGCUGUGGGCCUUUAACCCUUUACUGACUUGAGCGCCUCCAAAUUGCAAUUGGAGUUUGCUGACAGAAGGAUUGGCUGAAGGCAUCACUGCAGGAAUUACAGACCGAAGAGGACUGUGUUGGACAUUUUUGAAAGAAAAGAAAACCCUUUUUUCCUUAAGGACUUACAGCCAAAAUUCUUCAGACUCCGAGAAGAGGAUUCUAUUAGCAAUGGCCGAGCCACUCUUGUCAGAGUAUCAGCACCAGCCUCAAACUAGCAACUGUACAGGUGCUGCUGCUGUCCAUGAAGAGCCGAACUCUGAUCGCCCCCCAGGCGCGGAGGAGCGGGUGCCCGAGGAGGACAGUAGGUGGCAAUCGAGAGCGUCCCCCCAGUCGGGUGGCUCUCCGGGGCAGGGCGGGGAAGGGAGCCUGGAGCUCCAGCCGCCUCCCGUGCAGACCCAGGUCUGCCCAGAAUCCAGCUGUCCGGAAGCGGGUGAGAACGGCCAGAAUGGGGACGACUUAUCCGCUGGCGGUGCCCCCCAGCCGGCGGCGGGAGGGGAACAGAGGCCGAAGGCCAACAAGUUGGGGGCUUCUGCCGCAGGGGGCGAGGAGGCGUGGGGACAGCAGCAGAGACAGCUGGGCAAGAAAAAACAUAGGAGACGCCCCUCCAAGAAGAAGAGGCAUUGGAAACCGUACUACACGCUGACCUGGGAGGAGAAGAAAAAGUUCGAUGAGAAACAGAGCCUGCGAGCUUCGAGGAUUCGAGCCGAGAUGUUCGCCAAGGGCCAGCCAGUGGCUCCUUAUAACACCACGCAGUUCCUCAUGGAUGAUCACGACCAGGAGGAGCCGGAUCUUAAAACCGGCCUCUAUCCCAAACGGGCCGCUGCCAAAUCUGACGACACCAGCGAUGAGGACUUUAUGGAAGAAGCGGGCGAGGAGGAUGGGGGCAGCGACGGGAUGGGAGGAGACGGCAGCGAGUUUCUGCAGCGGGACUUCUCGGAGACCUACGAGCGGUACCACGCGGAGAGCCUGCAGAACAUGAGCAAGCAGGAGCUCAUCAAAGAGUACCUGGAGCUGGAGAAGUGCCUCUCGCGCAUGGAGGACGAGAAUAACCGGCUGCGGCUGGAAAGCAAGCGGCUGGGCGGCGACGACGCGCGUGUCCGGGAGCUGGAGCUGGAGCUAGACCGGCUGCGCGCCGAGAACCUCCAGCUACUGACGGAGAACGAACUGCACCGGCAGCAGGAGCGAGCACCGCUGUCCAAGUUUGGAGACUAGACUGAAACUUUUGGGGGGGAGGGGGGCAAAGGGGACUUUUUACAGUGACGGAAUGUAACAUUAUAUACAUGUGUAUAUAAGACAGUGGACCUUUUUAUGACACAUAAUCAGAAAAGAAAUCCCCCCUGGCUUUGGUUGGUUUGGUAAAUUUAGCUAUGAUGUAGCUUGUGUGCUUUCUCCUGUUCUUUAAUUAUGUGAAACUGAAGGGUUGCUUUUCUUGUUUUCCUUUUUAGGAGUUUCUUUCUUUUUUAAUGUGUAAUUUGACCAAUUUAUAAAGCAUUUUUCUGUUAAAAAUCCCCUCCUUAAAUGGAGCUAUAAGGUGGCCAAAUCUGAGAACCAUUAAAUUCAUUCUAGUUAUAAUAAAUUUAAUAUUUGUAAAUGUAA